AACAAGGAGUGAGACGAUGCUGGCAUUCGGAUCAUAUGACGUGUGUGUAGGCCUCGUCUUUCUCAUGGUGGUUUGCUCUGAUUGACGGCACGACGAUUGAUGGAUGUGCACAAUUGCUGCUCAUCCCCCCCAACGCUAUCACAUGUGGACCAUGGACUCGAGAAAUUUCUGGUCGAGCGCGCGCGCCGCACCAAGUCGAGCAGCAAGUCCUUUGACGCUCUAAACGACGAACUUGGCGAUGAUCGUGACUUUAUCCUGUCCCCUUCUACCAACGCUGCAACAUUACGGCAAAGGGAUGAUUGGAGCUUGCUACAUGAAGCUGUCAUGGUAUUGCGUGCUGUCUGCAUCGACUGAUGAUCACCGUAGGUGCGGCCCUUUUUUUUUGUCCCUCGCCGCGUCCACCGCCUUGUUCACGGCAUUCCCCCGCUCCCUUUUGUGAAAUCCGCACUGCACCCAAAGGUCCCGACCACGCCACGCUUGGCCGCCUGGAU